AUGAACGUUCGUGAAAAAUUGAACUGGAAAGAUACCAAUCUUGCUUUGUUCGGUUCAGACCUUGAAAAGAAAAUCAAGGCGGCGGCUGCAGAUAGUGAACCACAAUGGAGCAACAUUGGUACAUCGGUGGCGUUGCAUAUUUGGCGUAUCGAACAGUUUAUGGUCAAGCCUUGGCCAAGCAACAAACACGGAAAGUUUCACAAAGGAGAUUCCUACGUCGUCCUGAACACAUACAAGCCAGAGCCGAGCAAGCCAAAGCUUGCUCAUGAUAUUCAUAUCUGGAUCGGAGACAACAGCUCCCAAGAUGAAUAUGGAACAGCAGCGUACAAAAUGGUGGAACUCGAUGACAAGCUUGGCGGUACUGCUGUCCAACACCGCGAAGUUCAGGGCAAAGAAUCUACCCUGUUUCAAAAAUAUUUUGGGAAUCACUUAACCUAUUUGGAAGGUGGCGUUGAGUCUGGCUUUCACCAUGUGGAGUGCAGUGCAGCGGAACCUCAUUUGUACAAGAUCAAAGGAACUCGCAAGUCCGACACACUGCGCCUAACCCAAGAGCCUGUACGCCGCAAUUCUCUUAACACUGGAGAUGUCUUCGUUUUGACGGCGGGGGAAGAGGCCGUCUGGAUUUGGGUGGGCAAAGAAUCGAAUCAGGACGAACAAGCGAAAGGUGUGGAAGUGGCACAGGCCUUCUGCAAAAAAGGAAACGUGAUUGUCUUGAAUCAGGGCGUCAACGACAAUGAAAAAGAGGCCACCGAGUUCUGGGCCUUCUUACCGGGCAAAGUUGCAGUUUUAGGACCAAUCAAAAAGUCGGUUCGGGUACAGGCUGCCGACGAGAAAGACAAUAAAAGCCGAGCUUUUGUACCGGUCCUUUUUCAGAUACCGGAGCAAACCGGUGGCAAGCUUCGCAAAGUGGCCACCGCCAAGAAGCAACCGGUCGGGCCAACCCGGGACAUGCAAUAUUUGUUGCCGCGUUCAACGUUGCAGAGCAAGCACGGCUAUUUGCUAGAUACAGGCUUUCACAUUUUCGUUUGGUUGGGCAGCCAGGCACCUACUAUCUGUAAGGCAAAUGCUAUGCCUCAAGCGCACAUGUACUUUUCGUCUUUUCGACGCCCCUUGUUGCCUUUGACGGUUGUCAAAGAACGACAGGAGACGGAUUUGUUCCAGGAACGAUUUCACGAAGCUGGUAGCGCGGGUUGCGCUUGUGUUCUCAUGUAG